GGCGCCGCCCCGAGAGGAGCUUCGGCGCCGUGCCCUGCCUGGCCGAAUAAAGACGAUAGCGCAUUCGAGAUGACGACGCGGCUCGGUGCCGACGACCACCAGGCGGCCGGUCUUCAAGGCCUUCAAGAGGAACUGCUGCUUUAGGGUAGCUAUGCGUGCAGCAUGCCGCGCAAGUCGAGCAGCAGCGACGCCCGGACGGUGUCCGGUGCCGCCGGCGGGAGGCUUGUCAAGAGCAUCUACGUCGGUGCCAGCAACGCACUCAGGUGGAGCGACCUUAAGCGGCGCCUCCGCUUCGACAGUGACAUUGAGCUUGUGCAGCAUUUGCUCGACCUCGCCGAGUCUACACACGACAAAAGCACGCAGGAGCAAGUUUCAAAUGAAAACGAAGAAAAUGGGAAUUUGGAUGAGGACGGUGAGUCUGCGGCUGAGGAAGUUGUAGCCGAGCAACAACCUGCCGCCGAUCUAAACAGUCCUGCUUGCGCGGAGAAAAACGACGACGCCCAGCAUACGGACGUUGAGAACAAAGGCACGCCGCACUCGACCGAGCACGAAAGCAGGAAGAGCAGCAAAUCGCACCCUGGCAAAAAGGCGCACAAGCACCACCGAAAGAGGAAGCACCACCGCAGUAGCGGAGAGAAAGUCUCCAAGGAGCAGCAGCAGCAGGCGGAUGACGGUCAAGGCGCCCUCGACAAAGAACCUGCAGACGCGCCGAGCAACCCUCCAGAGCAAGAGUGGAAAGACAAUCACAAACAUCACCACGACAAAAAGAAUAAGAGCUCGAAUUCGUCUCGCGGAAAGAAGAAACGCAAACACAGGGACAAAAGCACGGACGAGCGACCCCUUAAGCAACACCACCAACACGCCGCAGCAGAGGCCGAGGCGUCUGUGAAACGAGAUACUCAUGAAAUAGAGACUGCACUUGAUCAAAAGUUUUCUUCCCCAAACACAAGUAACGGUUUUGUAGAAAUAGAACCUUCUUCUAGUCCAAAUGUACCUGAGUCUAAACACAAACGGAAGCACAAAAAGAAAUAUAAGAAAAGAAGUGAAAUUGACAGUCGAAAGGCGCCUGCGGAUGGCGUACCUGAACCUCCCAAGGAGGCGACCGUCUCUCCAGAUUGUUGCGUGAUUGAGGAGGUUCAGCCGGAGGUGGUUGCGCCCUCCACACAACCAGAGCCGGAAAUCCAGCGCUUCCCGCCUUUCGUCUCCUCUCCGCUGCCCCCGCUACCCCCACCGGCGGUGCCAAUGAUUUUGAGCACCGAAUUGGUCCCUGAGCUUCCAGGGGUGGUUGCCGCCCCCACCAGUCAAAUAAUUGAGUCACCCAGGGUGGCGAUCAAACUGAAACUGUGCAUUGAAUGCAGCACAAGACACUUCCAGGACAACUGCCCUCUGCAUAAUCCAGACGUGGAGGUGAAAGACGACAUAACGCUCUCGGAAUGGGUUUCACUGCCAGACAGCACAAGAAAAAGCUUUGCCGAGGAAUCUUUGCCUUCUGCGUUGCUUAAGUUGGAGGAGCGUGACGCAACGCACGGGCCAAGUGUCGUGGCCAGGGUGAUCCUGAAGCGUCUGACGCAGUUCGGGCCGCUGCUCGCUGAACGCAUCCGAGAAAUGGACAUCGCUGACGACUUCAACAUGCGUGACAUCUGGGAGGUGUGCACUGAGAACGACAAGUUCUACCUGAGCACCAUUGGCAAGGACCACUCCAACUGGCUGCGCUACAUUCGACCGGCGCCCAGCAGGGAAAAGAGGAACGUCGCCGCCAUCGUCCGCAACGGAAAACUAUUUUUCGUCACCCUGAAUAUCAUCCUCCCCGGCACAGAGCUUCUCUUCUGGUUGGAGAGCGCCGCUUCCGGGUGGUCCAAGAAGAAAAUGGAGAGGACCAAUUGCGGCGGAUGCAACUUGAAGUUCAGCAAUUCGCUGUAUUACAGAAUCCACUGUUCCGUUUUCCACGACCCCAACUUCAGCCUGACGAUACGCAAGUAUCACUGCAAGGUCUGCGGCCUCUCUGUUCUCGGCAAGGAGAACAUAAUGAAGCAUGCGGCCGAGCAGCAUGGAGGAAAAGGAGCCUAUCAGUGCCAAUUUUGUAAAAAGUUCUUCCUGCGCCUCAAUUACCUUGAAAUGCAUCGUACUUAUGGCUGUGCGGCGAACCCACAACGAACGAGGCCCCUCUGUGAUUUCUGUGGCAGAAAAUUCUGCCAACCACAAAAAUUGAAAGUGCACAUCAAAAGAAUGCACAGUGAUCUAGCUGAGGUUCUCAAAGAGUUCCAAUGCAAAAUGUGCCACAAGCUGUUGGGCUCGAGAGCCGCACUGCAAAGACAUCUGAAGGAGGUGCACCACAAAGACAUGAUUGGCGCGUGCACUUGCGACCGCUGCGGAAAGAUGUUUCAGAACAAGUCCAACUUGAAAAUCCACAUGCUCACACAUUCCGGUGUCAAACCUUUUCGGUGCAAGGAGGGCACUUGCAUGGCCGCGUUCACCACAAAGCAGUGCCUGCAGUUCCAUUACAAGAAGGUCCACGGCUUCACCGACGACAGCAUGCCCAAGAUCGAGAGGUGCGUGGCGUACACUUUUGAUGCGUACGCAGGCGGACAGACGGAGAGUGGCAGCGAAUCGCAGCACCAAGAGCCGGACGAGACCAUCAGCCCCCCAUUCACACCAACGGGCAGUGACGACUCGCCCCCUCCGUCACCCAGUUUACCCUCUCUGGAAGAGGACGAGAACAGCCGCGCUUCCAAUUUGGCGAUUGUGAAUGAGACCAACUCGGUAGUGCUCGAAUCAAACCUUGGCAGUGUCCAACCUGAUUCAGUUAUCUCAAAUAGCUCUUCUCCUCCAAUAAUUGUAAGUCCAACCAACUCGCCAAUGAUGAGCAGCGACCUUUUGGCGCGACCAGGCACCAUCCUGAGCAAGGCCAGCAAAAAGUGGAUGGGUGACAUCAUCGUGUCAACGGCGGCGGCAGUCGCGGCUCCUGUCGAAAUGAUGCUGCACGAAAAGCGUUGGCAUGGAGGAGAAAUGCUUCAGCCGGAACAAGUGCAAGUGGUGGUCGAGAACCAAGAAAUGUUGAUGGACAAGAAUAGGUGGGGCGAGGAAGUGAAUAAUUUGAGGAACGAGAUUUCCUCCAUCAGAAGAAGUGACCUGUCUGGAUACACUCGAAUCUUGCGCCCAGGCGACACAUCAAUCGCGUCAGACCUUCCAGAUCCGCUGCGGAGAAGUCCAAAUUCAAUGGGUGCAGAUUUUGGCUCCCUCCGACGUCAAGAGACGGACGAUUUUGGUCCGCUACGAAGACAAGAACCUAGUGCAAGUCUUCUAGUCGAAGCAGCCCUGGACGCUGCUGAAAGAGAUCUCACCGUGAAAUUGGCCGAACUGAAAACCAUUCCGAUGGACCCUUCGAGUCUUUCCACUAAUCUACCAGGAUCGUCCAACAGCUUCCUUUCCAGACUGAACGGAAUGCACUCGAACGAGUUGCCGCAGGAGGUCGACUACGGCAACAUCGUCAUCAGCAAUAAGAGCAAUCGCAUUCCCGAAACUGGACUGGACAUGAGUUACAAGCAGUAUGAUAAUGAUAUGGUUGUGCCCCCUGACAUUACGACGGACUACCGAGUGAUGAGAAGUCCCGAGAUGGUGUUUGAGCAGCAAGAGCAGGGUCUGGACAUGUCCCGCAACUCAGCCUUUCCCUCGGCAGGGACUUACGCGCGCUUCCCCGAGUUGCUGCCGCCCCACCUGCACCACCACCACCACCGAGCAGCAGUGGCGGCUGCAGGGUUGAUGUACGAAGUGGAGCCGGUGAGGUGCCAGUCGCCUCCCCCGCAGGCGCCGUCGCCACCCCCGUACCAGUCGGAGCUUCUGCGCCACCACUGGCACCACCUGCCUCCGACAGCGCACCACACCCUGGACCUGAGCACGGCGCGCGGCGUCCAGGUCUCCCCUGACCAGAGCAUUUCGCCGCCGCCACCCCCCAACUACCAAAACUACCCUCCCUCGUCGGCGGCCGCCUACCACGCGUCCACCGCGCAGCCGAGGGCGCCCACCCCAAACUAUCACCAACACUCAGGAUAUUAUUACUCGUUCUGAUUAUAUAAUACAUUAAUUGUACCAAAGAGCUGUCAGGUCAUGUUUGUUAAUUGCAGUAUAUAAAUAAUGAAGAUUAAAUUUAAUUGUUAAUUUUGACAAACAGUGAUUCAUAAAUUAGACAAGUGCCAAAAUGAGAUUUUCAGUGAGGAGCAGGUGAGGAGGUGUUUAUUUUAUAAGGCGUUACUGCUUUGAUGAAAAAGUUUCCUAACAUUUCCUACCAAAAUAUUUUUUCUUUAAGUAUAUUUAUAUUUCUUUGAAAUAAUCCAUGGAAAAUUUACAGAUACAAGGAAAUAAUAAUUAAUUUAUUUCAUUGGGACCAUGGAUUAAAAAUUGACACAAAGGGCAAAUUAAAUUUACGAUGCUUGAGAGUAAAGUGGAUGCGUUUUUUUUAAACAUUAUUUAUUUAUUUCCGUGUCGCAUAAUUCAACAAAAUUUAGAAGAUGCAAUUGAAAGUGUUUUGGGACCAAACGACACUCACAUGAAUUUUUAAAAAUGACGACGCCUGAUAUAAAUCACUUGAUUUUUUUUUUAACACCGACGCGUAAAGUUACAACUUUUUAUUUUUUUCACAGGGAAAAUAGCUGAAACAGGACGCUUUUUGUUUAUGUAGCAAUGGAUUAAAUCUUAUUAAUUAUUACUGUACGCGACAAAAAAUCUUAAGCAUCAUAAUAUGUAGGAUCAGGAUCAGGAAAGAUUGUCUAGAGAAAAUUCCAUUUUCCAAGUAUUUUUCGAUGGUAAUUGAAUUAUCCUGAGCAAGAAAUACGCAUUUUGGUCUUCAGGCAGCAGUAUGAAAGUUGUCUCUUUUCACGAAAAAAAACUCCUCAGUAAAAUAAGAUUAAAUAAUUAUAUUGGCGCCUCUCAGCGAAUUACGAGAAAAUUGUAUGAAAAAGAUGGAAAAGUUAAAAAUGUUGACGCAGUACUUAAAUGUGUGUAUACAAUACAUCUCAUGUAAGUCAUGUAUUUAAAAAUAAA